UUCAGAUGUCGCUUCGUCACAAACGUCAAUUUUCCUAACCUCUUAUCUUUGCCAGCGGUGCAAAAACCAAUAAAUAAUGAAUUAAAUACAAAUUUUUCUACAAUAUGGAUUUGCAGUUAUUGUUGUUUUAUGGCUCAGCCUUUUUAUUUUCAGUAUUUCUAUCGGUAUGCAUUUUGCUAAUAGCAACGUCCAGUGUAUAUCCAAUAAUUAAUAGAAGUAAAAAAGAAAAAUAUUAUGUUGAUCCACUUUCUGACAAAAAAGUAGAAUUUCCCAACUUAAAUGAUAAAAGCAGUGUGAAUUUAAGUGUCAUUGUUCCUGCCUACAAUGAGGAAGUUAGGUUACCCCCAAUGCUGGAUGAAUGCACAGAAUUUUUGGAAGAAAGAUGCAAAACCAAUAAAAACUUUAAAUAUGAAAUAAUUGUGGUAAGCGAUGGAAGUAAGGAUGGAACUGUUAAGGUUGCUCAUAAGUAUUGUGAAAAACUUGGUACCGAUAAAAUUAGAGUUUUGGAUUUGGAAAACAACAGAGGAAAGGGUGGAGCUGUCAGACUGGGUAUGCUAAGUGCCAGAGGUGCCAUGCUACUUUUCGCUGAUGCAGAUGGCGCCACAACUUUUGCAGAUCUUCAAAAAUUAGAAGACAGCUUAAAAACACCACUUGAAAAUGACUAUACGCUAAACCCGGAUAAAAUAGAAAACCAAUUGGCUAUUUCCAUUGGUUCUAGAGCACAUUUAGAAGAAGAAUCGGUUGCCACUAGAAGUUUUUUUAGAACGAUUUUGAUGUACGGAUUCCAUUUUUUGGUGUGGCUUUUUGCAGUUCGAGGCCUUAAAGAUACGCAAUGCGGAUUUAAACUUCUAACCAGGGAAGCUGCCAGAGUCUGUUUUGAAAGCAUGCAUGUUGAAAGAUGGGCGUUUGAUGUUGAGCUUCUCUACAUUGCUCAAAAAUUAAACAUUCCAAUAACUGAAAUAGCUGUAAGAUGGACUGAAAUCGACGGGUCCAAGGUGACACCCGUUUGGAGCUGGAUUCAAAUGGGGGGAGAUUUGGGUCUUAUUUGGUUGAGAUAUACCAUUGGAGCCUGGAAAAUUAAGAAGCAUUAACAUUCACACAAGACUUUACUAUGCAUUUAUUAGUUUU